AUGGUUCACUCCCUGAGCCCCUGCACUGACGGCAGUGCCUCCCCCUGCAGCGUGGCUGUGCCCCAGCCCGUGGCUGACUCCUGCAACGAGCCCUGUGUCCGGCAGUGCCCCGACUCCACGGUGGUCAUUUACCCUCCUCCCGUGGUCGUCACCUUCCCUGGGCCCAUCCUCAGCACCUUCCCACAGCAGAGCGUCGUGGGCUCCGAGGGAGUCCCUGAAGUCGGAGCCGGUGUCGGAGGCGCUGUUGGGGCUGGUGUCGGAGUCGGUGUUGGAGCUGUUGUUGGGGGUGCUUUUGGUGCUGCCCGAACCCCUGGAGCUUCCCAAGUUUAUGGUGGGGCCAGGUGGGGCCGGGGGUACCCAGUGGGCAGCUGCAGACCCUGCUGCUAA